AUGGAGAAUCUAGAGGUGCUCAAAGGAGUGGAGAAUUUCAGUUUAAGUGAAGAUGAUGUUAAAAGAAUUCCCAAUAUUAUGAAAUUGGUUGUGAUUUACAAUGUGGAGCUAAUUGAGCGAGUGGACUGUCUCAGCUAUCUUCAGUGUUUUAGUAAACUGGAAUCCUUGAUGUUACAGUUCCCCUGGUUUGUUGAUAGAAAGUAUCAGCUGAAGAUGAGUUUCCCACCCUCACUUAAGAAGUUAUAUCUUGAUGUGCCAACUAAUUUUGAGUUGGAAGACAUACUGCCAAUGUUAGGUUCUUUACCACUUCUUUGGAGGCUCAGAUUAGAUGGAGGUCGCUUUAGAACACGAAAGUGGGAAACAAUUGAAGGCCAAUUCCGCAGUCUUAGGUUAUUAGCAUUGGGCGGAUGUGGUGAUCUAGAAGAUUGGACAGUGUUAGAGAGCUCCCACUUUCCACUUCUUGAGGAGCUUCAUCUUCUGAAUUUAGAUGAACUGGAGGAGAUCCCUUCAGAAAUCGGAGAAAUAGCAACACUCAGAUCAAUUAUAUUGGAUUCUUGCAAUGACUCAAUGGUGUUGUCAGCUAAACAGAUAUUGGAGCAGCAACAGGAUUUACAUGGAGACGAAUUAGACCUUCAUGUAAUCGUUCGACUUUGGGAGAAAGAUGAAGAUCUGCUAAAGUUAGCCACUUCCAAUUUUGAAGUUUACUAAAGUUGUGGAGCCAAGCACGCGGCGCACAGCUUCAGCAGACGCAGUGCUAGCUCACUCUGGUCGAUGGCGAAGCCAAGUGGAUGCUUCACAUGAAGACGAGGAUCAACAAGGGC